AUGAUGCACCCUGCUGAAAUCGAGUUCAUGGCCGAAAACGAAAUCAUUCAGAUUGUGCCGACUUUCAAUCAUGCCAGCCACGUACACCUUAUAUGCGGUUCUUAUGGUCCUUUCCGAGCAGGCCUGCCGUUGAACGUUCCCAUUUGGGUGGCACUGAAUCUGCGACAAAAAAAGACGUGUCGUAUCCUAGCCCCCGACUGGAUGGCCGUUGACAAAUUACAAGAAAGACUUGAAGAAGAGAAAGCGUCCAAAUUUUUCACACAAUUACCAACCAAUUUUUACCUAGAAAUCACUCAAAUGUUAUUGACUGUUGCCAGUGAAGAUAUUCCGCAAGGGAACGAUAUAAAAACGGCAGUUAAAGAUCUAUGGGAUUUAAGAAUAGCAAAAUUAAGAUCUUCUGUUGAUUUAUUCAUUAAAGAAGGUCGUGUUCAAGCUUCUUUAAACCAUUUGACCCCAAUGGAGAUCAAUUCUGUGAGACCAAUAUUCCCAGAUACAUUGGAUGCCUUAAUGACACUCCAUGAACACAUUAACUCGAGUGACGACAGAGAAGACAGCAGUCAAUCUUCAAUAGCAACUCCUAGUAGUUCAACAUCUUUUUCAUUAUCCUUGUAA